UUACGACUACACAUUUGUUAUGCAAAACUGCAUUAGAAUAAGAAAAGUAGACGUCUAUUUUCUUCCACAUGUCCUAAACAACAAUGGCAGACUGGAUCAGAUAAAAUGCUACAUCCGCUAUUAUAAACCGCAGUGGUUGGAAGCCGGGAGCACUCCCGUGACGAUAUCCGUAUAGCUUGCAAGUGAACGAUUUAGUGAUGAAUAUUUGUAGAAAAUUGACCACCUCCAGCUUGCCUGCUGUUGGGAAAAGGAUUGGCAAUGUUACGGCAAAGGAAUUGUUUGACAGUACUUUUCAGAGACUGUACAGUUCUGCGUCCACUAAUUCGAAUAAGUUUGAUUUGAAUAAGGAAAGGGUGGAGUUUCAUAAUGCUCUGCCGGGAGUUAUCGAUAUCCUGGCUAAACAUGAAAAGUUUCAAGAAAUGCCUGAAGCCGAUAAAUGGAUGAGAAAUGUCCUUAAUGGCAAUAUAUUCGGCGGUAAGAACAUGAGGGGGUUAACGACGGUAAUGUCUUACAAAAUGAUUGAAAAACCGGAAAACAUCACGGAGGAGACGUUAAGAUUGGCCAGGACUUUGGGAUGGUGUGCUGAAAUUUUGCAAGCAUACUGCCUCGUGUUGGACGAUAUCGCAGACGGCUCCAUCACUCGCCGAGGCAUGCCUUGCUGGUAUAGACGAGAGGACGUCGGCAUAGCAAAUGCAGUCAAUGAUGCAACGCUCAUCCACUAUUGUCUACUGCAGAUAUUGCGAGCGAAUUUCGAGAAAUCACCUAAUUAUGUUAAUUAUUUUCAUAAUUUUAAUGAGACGCUCUUCUACACAAGUCUCGGACAAUAUUUGGAUAUAAUGACAGGGCUAAGUAAAAAGAACUACAGUUUAUUUACUAUGGAACACUACGAUGCUAUAGUCAAACAUAAAUCUGCGUACUACACGUACAAGUUGCCUAUAUCACUUGGAUUUAUGUUGGCUAACCGAUAUAACGAAGAAACUCAUGAAGAUGUGGAUGAUAUUUCUAUGAAAUUGGGGAGACUCUUUCAAAUGCAGGACGAUUACAUCGACUGUUACGGAGAUGAAAAUAUGACCGGGAAAACGGGCAGCGAUAUCCAGGAAGGAAAAUGUUCAUGGUUAGCAGUAAAAGCCCUUCAACACUGCAAGCCUAAUCAUCGUGCCGUAUUUACAGUUUGUUACGGAAGCAAAGAGCCGGCACACAUAGAACGAAUAAAGGUACUUUACAACCAGCUCAAGAUUCCACAGCUUUACAAAAAAGAAGAAAAUGAAAUCUACAACAAAAUUGUACAAAGAAUACAAAAUGUAUCUUCAGAAUCAGAACGAGAAUUGUUCCUACAAGUCCUGCACGAUACUUAUGGAAGAAAACAUUAGUUUUAUGUUUGGUUUUACUUGACGAUUUUCAUUUAA